CAGCGCAUUUCUUCAAGUCAUUCCUGGCUCCAGCGACGACAGAAGUUGCUGACUGGUUCUAUUCGAGCGUUAUUCUUAAACCAAACCAUUAGACAUCAAAUAUUCACGUUGUCAAAAGCAUCCUUUGAAUUUUCUUCAUCAUGUCUCGAGGUAGUAGUGCAGGAUUUGACAGGCAUAUUACGAUCUUUUCUCCCGAAGGUCGCCUGUACCAAGUUGAAUAUGCAUUCAAAGCAAUCAAUCAAGGUGGCCUCACUUCAGUUGCCUUGAAAGGAACUGAUACUGCUGUUGUUGUAACCCAAAAGAAAGUCCCUGACAAGUUGAUUGAUCCAUCCACUGUUUCUCACAUCUUCAAAAUUACUACUAACAUUGGAUGUGUUAUGACUGGAAUGACAGCUGAUGCUCGUUCUCAGGUUCAGCGUGCUCGGUAUGAAGCUGCAAACUGGAAAUACAAGUAUGGCUAUGAAAUUCCUGUAGAUGUCUUGUGCAAACGUAUUGCAGACAUUUGCCAGGUUUACACCCAGAAUGCUGAAAUGCGUCCCCUUGGUUGCAGUAUGAUUGUCAUUGCAUAUGAUGAAGAAUUGGGGCCUGCUGUAUACAAAGCGGACCCAGCAGGAUAUUACUGUGGUUAUCGUGCUACUUCAGUGGGUGUUAAACAAACCGAGGCAUCGUCGUAUCUUGAGAAGAAAUACAAAAAGAAACAAAACUACACCCAUGAUGAAGUUAUCCAGCUUGCUAUUACAACUCUGUCUCAUAUCCUAACUGCUGAUUUCAAGCCAUCUGAUAUUGAAAUUGGAGUUGUUUCUAAGGAUCAACCAGGAUUUAGAAUUCUGUCGGAAACUGACAUCGACAAGCAUCUGACUGCAAUUGCCGAAAAAGAUUAAGUAUGAUUUUGUAACUUUUUCUUUUAACAUUGGAAUAAAACGAGAUAAUAAAACACA